AUGGGAUGGGGACGCCAGCAAGCCGGGGUGGUGCUCCCCAAGAACGUCAAGGAUGCCCCGGAGAAGGAUCCGCGGCCGCUCACCAUGGCCGAGGAGAUGAAGCCAUUGCUCGUGGUGAUGCGCCAAAUUUUUCUCAUGCCAAUCCAUUUCCCCGGCGACGGCUCAGCCAAGUUCACGCUGCGCUCCGGGACCAUGUACUUCAACUACGUCGGCUGCGGCAUCUUCAUCGUGGACUCGGCGCAGGAGGCCGUGUACCGCAUGACGGUGCUUCUGGACUGCAAGAACUUCAGCGACGCCGUGUUCCAGACCUUCUUCUACAUCCUCUUGCAUACGCACUUCUUCACCCCGUUUCUACACUGGCCCGCUGCGCCAGGCUUCGUCCGCUACCUCGACCGCUGGACCGAAUUCCAGGGCCGCUUCCGGCGGGUGACGGGGCGGCCGCUGGCCCUCUCGGUGCGGCCGCUGGCGCUGCACAAGAGCGUGGCCGCGCUGCUCGUGCCGCUGGUGCUCUGCUGCAUCACGGCGCUCACCAUGAAGACGGCCAACUGGAAGAACCAGCCGCUGGGCUGGAUCGCCGCCGCCUUCCAGGCGUGCGUGCCGGCCUUCUGGGACGUCCUGGGCACCGCGGUGGUCAACGCGUCCACCGCGCUGGCGGGGCACUUCAGGGAGGAGGUGACGGCGGCCGGUGGCGUCCCGGAGCCGUCCAGGGUGCGCGCCUACCGCGAGCUGUGGCUGGAGCUGCGCGAGCUCACGGAGGGCACCACCAAGGCCUGGGGCGUCUGCACCAUGCACUACGUCCUCGUAGCCACGGCGUCCGUCCUCGUCGCCGGCUUUGGCGUUCUCGCCCAGUGCACGGAGGGCAUCUCCAACCCCAUCCUGUUCACGGUCAUGUUCCUCAUCUCGGUGGACUCGCUGUGGCACAUCUCGGUGCUGUGCUCGGCGGGGCACCGCAUGCAGGGCAGCGUGGGCGGCGCCGCCCGGGACGUGCUGCUGUCCAUGCGCACCAGCGGCCGAGCCGGCGGCCCCGACAUGGAGCUGCUGCAGAGCGAGGUGAAUUAUUUUCUGAUUGUGAUGAGGAAACCCCCUGUCAUCUCCUUGUACGGGUACAUCACUCUCAAGCUCACGCUCACCGUCACCGUAAGUAACAAGGCAUUGCGGGGCAACUACUAUCACCAUCACUUGCUCCCAUCUGGGACAAAUUGGACAAAUCUAGUUCCUAUUUCUCAUCAGUUCUGA